GAGCCGGGGAAAGAAAAGGCUUUAGUCGCUGACUGCGGAGCGGCAGCGCACACAGGGAGCGCUCGGCAGACAAUGCUGUCAGCUCCAGGAUGAUGCUGCCUUGGGUGGUAGCAUGGACGGCUUCACUAUUCCUCCUCUCCUGUCUCCAGAUCUCGGGCACUGCUCCUUCUGGGGAAACUCUCUGGACCAUGUCGGUGCCUGAGCUGCCUGCCCCUUUCUCUCCCAAUGAGACACAGCUGCCUAGUCCCAAAAAUGUCCACUUUAAAGCCAUCCUUUUCUGCCACAUCCUCCACUGGGAACCAGGCCAGAAUCAGACCCAGAACAUCUACUAUGAAGUGCAGUACAGGAGGUAUGGGGAGUCCUGGAAUCCUGUCCCCCACUGCAACAGGACCCCACAUCUCUCCUGUGAUCUGACCCUGGCAACGCUAGAGCUUGAUGAGCAGAGCUACUAUGCCCGCGUAAGGGCUAUCACUGGUCACCAGACGUCUAAUUGGACCAGAACGGAUUCUCGACUCUCUAAAGAUGAUGUAAUUCUUAGGAUAGACCAGCUGAAGCUACAGUUGAGUGGCAACACUGUCCUGCUGGAAAUCCUGCCUGCCAGGCCCCCAGGGGCCACUGGAAAUAUUUCUUAUAAAAACCUCUUCAAACACUACCGGGAAUAUGAUCUUAGCAUCACCAAGACGCUGGAAAAUCGUGAGCCCAUUCAGAUUUCCACGAAGAUAUACAAUGAAACACAUAACUUCUCAGCCACAGAAGGAGAGGAGGUCUGCAUCAGGGCAAAACCUGUCAUCAAGUCCCAGCCUAAUGAGGGAAUAUGGUCUGAGCCAAAGUGCAUCACCAUACCUCAGCCAGAUUUCACAGUGACCACCAUCAGUGCCUUCUUUGCCUCCCUUCUGAUGGUCUGCCUUGCUGUUGGCUACCUGGGUAUUCAACUCUACAUAAGAAAACCCAAGAAGCCACCUGAAGUCCUGGCCUCCCUUGCCAAACAAAAAAGUUCUGGUAUGCUGAGCAAAGAGAACUUCAAAGUGAAGCAAGACAUCAUCCACCCCCUUGAUGAGGCAGCCUUCCCCAAGGUAUCCCUGGAGCUGAAGAACUCAGAGCUCCAUAGCAGCACGGACAGUGGCUUCAGCAGCACCAAACAGUCACUGCAGAACGAGGAUCCUCAGUUCCUCCUCCCUAUGCUGGACCCCAGAAUAGGUGGGACCCAGGGGGCCAGUGGCCCUCAGCAGCCAAAGAGCAGCUUCAGCAGCGGCACCAGCUCCAGCUCCAGCAGCACCAGCUCCAGCAGCACCAGCUCCAGCAGCACCAGCACAGACAGUGGAGUUUACUCCCUGAGCCCACAGUCAGGGCAGGAAUGGAAGCAGCAGCCAGGGAGUAGGGGCCCGGACCGGGAAGACAGUGGCAUUGGCCUACCCCAGAGCUCCACAUUGGGCUCCUCUCAGUGUCUCCAGCACAAGAGGGCCUCCACAGCUCUGGAAGGUACUCCACUUGGAAGCUCCACUCCCAAGCUGACUGAGGAAGAGGCUGCAGCCAGCGUGGUCUUCCAAGGCUACCUUCAGCAGUCCAGAUGCACAGACGAAAACCAGGAGGGGGGCCCUAGCUUGGGGGAGGACCCUUCCCUCAUAGGCAGCCCAGGAUACAAAUGCAGGACCCACAGGGAUGUGGAGUCAGGCUGGCCCCCACUGGCCCAGACUAAGGGCUAUCUUAAACAGAGUUUACCAAGCCGGAGCCUUAGGGUCCCAGGGGCUUCACCUGGGCAGUGGAUUGAGCCAACAGAGGAGUGGAACCUCCUGAGUUUGGUCAACACUUGUGAACUGACAUUUGAACAUGACAAUACACCUGACCUCCCUCUUCUGAACUUCUCCACAGCUCCCACUCCCCCAGGGAUCUGGAAUACAGAUCCAAUAACCUUGCCUUUGAUCUCCAGUUUACACACCAAUGAGUGAUUUGGGUUACUCCUGUAGGAGAGUCUCACUCAACCCCAAACACUAGAGUCGAUGUUGGGCCAGAAUGGAGGGGGCCCAAGGGGGCGGUGCUGGGAGCAGUAGACAAACAGUAAUAUAAGCUCACUCUUCUGCACAAUCAGAAACUACCUCAUCUGCCUUAGAGACGCCUGGUCCAUAAUAAGCCCUGACACUUGGAGAUGCUGGGGAGCUGGGGCGGGGCUCCAUCUGGGAGGGUGAGGAGAGUACAACCCAUUAACUGACAUGUCCCUGUAUCUCCUGUCAGGCCCAACUGUCAGAACCAGGGAUCUGGGGGACCUAGCAAGGACUGAGGGGAGCAUAGCAAGGAUGGCUCCUUCUCCCACCUUUGGGAACCUCCGUAGUAGGUGCCUUGCCUAAUGUCACCUCUAACUUGGGCCUCAGGGGAAGGAGGAAGAAGAAUGAGUAUGGACAGGGCUGCAUGGGUGGGGGAUGGCUUUAGAGCAAGAGUUUCUGUCCUCAGAGGUUUAGCUCGGGGAGAAGAGGGGCAGUUUCUACUAGGGACAGAGAAGGUGGAAGCUAGCCUUUCAUCUCAGGGACAGUCCAUGUUCAUGACUGGGAGGAAAAUACCAGUGGGGCUUGGGGAAGAGGAGAGGCAACCAAAAGGAUAAGCCAGCGUAAAAGGUUUCUCUCUGAAGGGUUUUUCCACCUAAUCCAUUCAAACCGUUGCAGCUCAGGGCAGUGAGGCAGUCAACUUGAAUCCUACUUAUUAUCUCUGUUGACGCAUGAUAUUUAACCUCUAUUGGCCUCAGUUUUCUCAUGUGUCAGAUAGGAACAAUAAUACCUGUAAAUACUUACCUCACAAAGUUGAUGUGGGUUUGAAAUGAGAUAACGUAUACAAUGCCUUUUGCAAAUUUUAAAGUCUUUCGUAAAUAUCAGCUAUUAUUUUUGUUAUUAAUGUUAAUAAGUAUUUAUGGAGUUCUCAUUCCAACUCAAUUUGAACAUUUAUUAAACACCAACCAUGCAGAGAAGGCACUGUGUUCUAUACUAGGGAACUAUAAAGUUUAGAUAAGA